GCGGCUGGCGGAGGGCGCGCCGGGCAGCGGUCGCCGGCAGCCGGACCAUGCUCAGUGGAGCACGCGGCAGGCUGGCCUCAGCGCUGCGGGCGUCCGGGGUCGGCCGUCUGGGUCUCGGCCCUCGGCCCUCGGCAGAUCGGAGCGAGCAGCCGCCCAGCGCCUUCGACCCGGCGCUGCUGGAGUUCCUGGUGUGCCCCCUGUCCAAGAAGCCGCUCAGAUAUGAAGCAUCAGCAAAUGAAUUAAUUAAUGAAGAGCUGGGAAUAGCCUAUCCAAUCAUUGACGGGAUUCCUAAUAUGAUACCACAGGCCGCAAGGAUGACCCAUCAAGAUAAGAAGCAAGAAGAACCGGAGCAGCACUAG